AUGGUGUCGCAAGCGCGUACUGUCGGCGAUGUCUUGAUGCUUGUCGUCCAGAGGUACCGAGUGCUGCAUUCUUUCCAAACGGAUUCGAAGGGAGGCCCGGGUCACAGCUUCCUCGGUGCCGCGGCCGCCGCGGCCGCAUUAAACUCGUGCGCUAGGCUGGAGAUGCAAAACUUGUGGGUCCCUGAUGGAGAAACUAUAGUCGCCGACGACCUCUACCAGUUCAAUCUUGCCUGCAGGCCAAUCAUUGAGCUGAAGAUUACCCUGCGCGACGACGUUUACACUGGUGACAGGCCAGCCAUCAGCUAUCAGGAAGCGGAACAGGCAGUCACGAUGCCUGGUGCGCAGCCCACGCUAGGUGCCAUCUGUGCCCACCUUGACAACUUCGAAGCUGCACUCAAACCAGUGACUUCCAUGCAUGAAGUGUCAAUUUAUUCUGCGUCUUGUACCGCGAUUGGGGAACUUCUGGGUGAGUCCCAGAUGAAGGAUUUCCUGGUCGGGCCAGAUGCGUCCACUGCGGAGAUUACUGAGCUGUUGGCCCCCGCUAAGCGAUCUGCGUUGACUGCACAGAGAAGACCGGAAGCGAAGACAGUGCGCAAAGCGAAGCCCAAAGCAAAGAGCGCGCCAAUCGCAGCAGCCAAGUCGGCGCCGGUACCGUCGCCGCCACCAGUUCAGAAGGCAAGCUACGAUGGAGCCGCGCUGGCAUUGGAAUUGUUGGAGGCUGCGACAACGCAACUGCUAAGGCGCAGAGGCUGGUUUCGUGAUGUGCGUUUGAGACGGUCCGCUGAUGCAUACAUGCGAAGCAAUAAACUGUUCCAGAAAGCGUCGUCGCGACAAGUGGCUAACACCGGCAAAGGCUUCGAGAAGCCAGGGCCAGGCGAGUUGGCGGCAUACGAGGAGGAUCUUCAAGCCCAUCUCGAGGGACUGAGGAAGAAGCUGGGCAGCGCUCCUAUGAAUGAGAGACGCGAAAUCAGCCUCAAAUCCUCCGGUCCCGGCCAAGUCAUCGGAACCAAGCUCAAGGGCCUCAAGAAGAGAGCCGCUGAGCUUGAGAAGAAGCCGCGUUCAGUCAUCAAAGGAACGUUGCGGAAGAAGCGCAGACCGCAGAAGGAUGGCCGAAAAGCUGCGCCUGAGAUGGAGGUGGCCGCAGGUAGCCAGAGCAUUCAGUGA